AUGAGUACUGCUCAGCCAACCUGGGCGCCGCCUACUCGACAGACGGAGGAGCCAGUCUUGAAGGUCUACAAUUCCUUGACGCGAAGCAAGGUCGAAUUCAUUCCGCGAAGUGGACGCCAUGUAAAGUGGUACAAUUGCGGUCCCACUGUAUACGAUGCAUCGCACAUGGGCCAUGCGAGGAAUUAUGUUACACAAGACAUUCUCCGGCGGAUAAUGACUGACUACUUCGGAUACGAUGUCCAUUUCGUGAUGAAUAUCACUGAUAUUGAGGAUAAGAUCAUCUUGCGAGCGCGGCAAAAUUAUCUUUUCAAUGACUACCUUUCCCGUGCAACAACCUUGUCCUCGACCUUGAUCGGGGAAGUGAGAGAUGCCUGGAGUGCUUACCUUCAGUCGCGAGUCAACAAAGGUCUACCGGAAGGGUUUCGCGCAGAUGGCCCAUCAGAUCCAGCCUGGUUUGCACGAGUCCUAGAGCAUGCAAAGGAUAAUCAAUGGAGAUCCGAGUGCCUGAAGCGGGAUGAGAAGUUCACGAUGCACUUGAACGCUGCUGUACGCCUUCCUUCCCAGCGGAUAUGUCUCGAACGCAGUUUCAGUGCGCUGUCAGAGGCCUCGAAACAACUCGCUGACGGCCAAACAGGACAACAAUAUGCCCAUGCCUUAGUUCAAGCUUCUGCGGACGUUCUUGCUGAAUGGCUCGACAAACAGUUUAAGACCACGGUCUCGGACCACUCCAUCUUUCGCGCACUGUCAUCUUAUUGGGAAACCCGGUUCUUCGAAGAUAUGGCUCGUCUCCGCGUCCGAGAGCCUGAUACAGUCACGCGCGUCACGGAGUAUGUACCCGAGAUUGUCUCUUACGUGCAACGUAUCAUAGAAAAUGGCUACGCAUAUGAAGUAGACGGGAGCGUGUAUUUUGACACCAGAACAUUCGACGACGCUGACGGUCACUUCUACGCCAAGCUGGAGCCCUGGAGUAAAGGCAAUCAGAAGCUCAUCGAGGAGGGCGAAGGUGCAUUGACAGACAGCUUGGGUCGUCGCUCUCCGUCCGAUUUCGCCUUGUGGAAGGCUUCGAAACCGGGUGAGCCUGAAUGGCCGUCGCCAUGGGGGGCGGGACGCCCAGGCUGGCAUAUCGAAUGCUCCGUCAUGGCGACCGCUAUCCUGGGCGAUAACAUCGAUAUCCACUCCGGCGGAAUUGAUCUCGCAUUCCCGCAUCAUGAUAACGAAAUGGCGCAAUCUGAGGCUUUCCAUGAUCACGGGCCCUGGGUGAAUUAUUUCCUACAUACGGGUCAUCUACAUAUCGAAGGCCUGAAGAUGAGCAAGUCGCUGAAGAAUUUCAUCACUAUUGACGAAAUCCUGCAAAAAUACAGCGCAAGACAGUUGCGACUGGCUUUCCUGACACAACAGUGGAACGCGAAAAUGGAUUUCUCAGAGUCGCUGAUGACCGGCGAAGUUAAGAAUAUUGAAACCGCCUUCAACAAUUUCUUCUCAGUCGUGAAGGCAUUGAUCACCGAUCCCGACCGACUUAAGAACGACGGACACCAUCGGUACGGCGACGCUGAACAAGAGUUAAUCAAGCAUCUGCAUGAGAGCCAAGCGAACUUCAGAGCAGCCCUGUGCGACUCAUUCAAUACGCCGGCUGCCAUGGACAUGCUUCGUAGCCUGGUUUCCCGGACCAAUGUCUACAUUAAUUCUCGAGGUUCGGAGAUGAAUGUAAAGGUCAUCGAGUACGUCGCCAAGUGGGUCGGCAAAAUGCUACGGAUUUUUGGCCUCGGUGAAGGCGAAUCAUCGGAAAUUGGAUGGGGGCAGGACCUCGGCAAAGGAGCCGCCGCCGUUAACCGAGAAGAGAUCCUUAUGCCUUAUUUACGGACGCUGUCCUCCUUCCGAGACGGAGUGCGAAAAUUGGCGAUCGCGAAGGGGGACAAUGCCCUCAAAGACAUCCUCGCACUGUGCGACAAGCUCCGGGACAUCGAUUUGGUGCCGCUGGGCGUCGCUUUAGACGAUCAAGAUGACGGGAAAGCGCUUGUGAAGAUCGUUCCGCCGGAGGAGUUGGUCCAAGCCCGGGAAGAGAAGCGCAAACAAGCAGAAGCAAAAGCGGCCAAAAAGGCCGCUCAGGUUGAGGCUGAGAGGCAGAAACGUUUACAGAAGUUGGAGAAGGGGAGAGUGCCGCCUCAGGAAAUGUUUAAGCCUCCCAAUGUGAAAGAGGGGGAAUAUGGGAGCUGGGACGAACAAGGAUUACCGCUAACGGACGGGCAAGGUAAAGAGUUAAGCAAGAAUAAGGCGAAGAAGAAUUUGCAGUUGUGGGAGCAGCAGAAAGACUUGCACGAGAAAUAUCUAGCAUGGAAAAGGGAGCGAUCUGGAUAA